AGUCAAGUGUGCCGGUAAGUAGCACCCAUCUAAUUUAGGAGAAAGCUUUUAGCCUUUAAAUCACUCUUCCUUCGAUUUGAUAGAUACACUUUUGCAGAGAUUAGACUACAACCAAAAACGGCGGAACGUUUUAGGAGGCGGAACGUUUAAAUUGGUGUGAUAUUUCCUAGACGCCUGGAAAUACAUCACUUCCGGAUUUGCAGUUCGCACGAGACAGUUGGAAACACGUUUGUUUUGCACCUCUUAUUAAACACAUUUCCUUCAUUAACUGACUGGAAAUCAAGUCGUUGGAAGUAACUAUCGCACAGAUAGGAGAAGAUGGAUGGGAAGGAGCCAAAGAAGGACCAGAAGCGGCACCAGCAGAAGCACAGCGGGCCCAAGGCGGAGAGGAAAAAGAGCAGGAAACAGCUGGGAACCCCAGCCGGAGAUGACGAACGCAAGAGGAACCCCAAAGCGUUUGCGGUCCAGUCAGCAGUGCGCAUGGCCAAAACCUUCCACAGAGCCCAGGACCUAAAGGCCAAGAAACAUCACAUACCCCUGGUGGACCGCACCCCUUUAGAGCCUCCCCCGAUAGUGGUGGUGGUGGUAGGACCCCCCAAGGUGGGCAAGAGUACCCUCAUCCGCUGCCUGAUCAAGAACUUCACACGGCAGAAACUAGGGGACAUCUGCGGGCCUGUGACUAUCGUCUCUGGAAAGAAGAGGCGUCUUACCUUCAUCGAGUGUAGCAAUGACAUCAAUACAAUGAUUGACUUGGCAAAGGUUGCUGACUUGGUGCUGAUGCUCAUUGAUGCCAGCUUCGGCUUUGAGAUGGAGACCUUUGAGUUCCUCAACAUCUGCCAGGUGCACGGCUUCCCGCGCAUCAUGGGCGUGCUCACCCACCUGGACUCGUUCCGCAAUAACAAGGCCCUUCGCAAGACCAAGAAGCGGCUCAAGCAUCGCUUCUGGACUGAGGUCUACCAGGGUGCCAAACUCUUCUACCUGUCCGGUAUGGUGUACGGAGAGUACCAGACCCAGGAGGUCAAGAACCUGGGCCGCUUCAUCUCCGUCAUGAAGUUCCGCCCGCUGGUGUGGCAGCAAUCUCAUCCCUACGUCGUGGCCGACCGCAUGGAGGAUUUGACGGACCCCGAGAUGGUGAGGGUGGACCCCAAGUGUGAUCGUACUGUGUCUCUCUAUGGCUACCUGAGGGGGACAUACUUGAAGAAUAAAGGCCAGGUCCAUAUUCCUGGUGUGGGGGACUUUGCGGUGGCAGACAUCAGCUUCCUGCCAGACCCCUGCGCUCUGCCUGAAGCGCAGAAGAAGAGGGCGCUGAACGAGAAGGAGCGGCUGCUCUACGCUCCCAUGGCGGGGGUCGGGGGGGUCGUGUACGAUAAGGACGCAGUGUACAUCGACCUGCCCGGCGGCCACGUCAAUCAAGAACAGGAGGAGGUCCGUCCCACCACAGAGUUGGUCCAAUCCCUCAUCAGUACACACACCACCCUGGAUGCCAAGAUGGCCGCCAGCAAAGUGUCACUGUUCACAGGGGCGGCUGCCCUGACCCCCAGGGAAGUGGAGGAGGAGGAGGAGGAGAACGGGCUGACGUCAGGACUCCAGGAGAGCCGAGUCUGGGACCCUGAGACACAGAGAGAGAGGAGGAAGGCUGUCUUCACUGAAGAGGAAGAUGAUGAUGAUGAUGAUGACAGUGAUGGUAGCAGUGAAGAAGAGGGGGAUGAGGAAGGAGAGUCUGAAGAAGAGGAUGAGGAAGAUGAGGGGGGAAACAAAAGGGAAGAAGAAGAAACGGUUUUGAAGAACGAGGCAAAUGACAAAACUGAACCAAAAGAGAAGCAAGGAAUAAAGACCGUCCCUCCGGUGAAGAGACAGAAGAUGGAGGAAAGGAAAGCGGAGAAAGGGCCAGUGGUGGAGGUACCUGCCUUUGCAGACAGUGAGGAUGAGCUGGAAAUGAGUGAGGAGGAGGAAGGGGGGAAGGGAGAGCAGGAGAGUGAAGGAGAGGAAAGCGAUUCGGAGGGGGAAGAAGAUGAAGAAGACGGUGCAGUGGAAAAGGGUGAUCUCAAACCGAUAGACUCGGGUCAUUGCUCGGAGGAGGAGGAUGCGAGUGACUCAAUACAAGAUGACUGCGAAACCAAUGUCUCGGGCAAAGAAGGCAAGAAGUCGAAUGCCACCUCCAAAGAGGAAGAUGAGGAGAUGGAGGGAGGAGAGCUGUGCUAUGAAAGUGCCGGGUCACUGCGGUGGAAGGAGGGCCUGCAACAGAAAGCGUCGGAGGCGUUUCUACGGCAACAGCGCGCCGCCCCCAACCUGCGUAAACUGGUGUAUGGCACAGUGGCAGAGGAUGAUGAUGAUGGGGAGGAGGAUGAGGAGGAGCUGGGAGGGCUGUUUCGAGUCAGCCGCCCUGAGAAGGGCAAGAAGCAUCGUGCGGACGGCGUGGACUGCUCCCGUUUUGAACCCGAUGCCGCUCGCAAUUGGGACCUGGAAGAGAUGCUGGACUCGAUACGGGACUGUUUUGUUACGGGGAAAUGGGAAGACGAUCAAGAUGCUGCUACAUUGCUGAAAGAGGAUGAGGAGCUGUAUGGCGACUUUGAGGACUUGGAGACGGGGGAAGUGCACAAGGGGAAAGCUGCCAAGCAGAAGGACCAAGCCGAGGAAGAAAGUGAUGAGGAGGAGAAGCUGAUGAAGGUGGACGACGAGACCCAGAAGAACAAGCGUCUGGAGAAGAAACGGCGGCUGAAGGAGCGUUUCGACACAGAGUACGACGACGGAGACGCCACCUACUUUGACGACCUCAAGGAGGAGAUGCAAAAACAGGCAGAGCUGAACCGGGCUGAGUUUGAGGACGUGGAUGACGAGACACGGGUCCAAUACGAGGGCUUCCGGCCUGGCAUGUAUGUCCGUCUGGAAAUCCCCUCCCUGCCCUGCGAAUUUGUCACCAACUUUGACCCCCACUAUCCCAUCAUCCUCGGGGCUCUAGGUGCCAGCGAGGGGAACGUAGGCUACCUGCAGAUGCGGUUAAAGAAACAUCGAUGGCACAACCGGAUCCUGAAAACGCGCGACCCUCUCAUCCUGUCCCUGGGCUGGCGUCGCUUCCAGACCAUCCCCCUGUACCACAUCGAGGACCACAACGGGCGCCACCGCCUGCUCAAGUACACACCGCAGCACAUGCACUGUGGUGCCACCAUCUGGGGUCCCAUCACACCUCAGGGUACUGGCUUCCUGGCUGUGCAGUCAGUCGCAGGAACGAAGACCAGUUUCCGCAUCGCAGCUACAGGAGUCGUCCUUGACCUGGACAAAUCUGUGACCAUAGUCAAAAAGCUCAAGCUGAUUGGCUACCCAUACAAGAUCUACAAGAACACAUCAUUCAUCAAGGGGAUGUUCAACACCGUGCUGGAGGUGGCAAAAUUCGAAGGAGCCUCCAUCCGAACAGUCAGUGGGGUCAGAGGUCAAAUUAAGAAGGCCCUGUCAACGCCGGCGGGAGCCUACAGAGCCACGUUCGAAGACAGGCUGCUGAUGAGUGACAUUGUGUUCCUGCGCUCCUGGUACCCGGUGUCAGUCCCUCAGCUCUACAACCCCGUGACCUCCCUGCUGAUGCCAGCGGGCCAGAAGGACAGUUGGUCGGGCAUGAGGACGGUGGGCCAGCUGAAACACGACCUGGGGGUCCGCAACAAGCCCAACACAGACUCGCUGUACAAGCCGGUGGUGCGAGCGCAGCGCCACUUCAACAAGCUGCACAUCCCCAGGCAGCUGCAGAAGGCAUUGCCCUUCAAGAGCAAGCCCAAACAGGACCAGCCCAAGGGCAAGACGCCCAAGGACCUCCAGAGGCCCGCUGUCAUACGGGAGCCCCACGAGAGGAAGGUGGCAGCGCUGCUCAACGCGCUGAGCACAGUGCACAACUACAAGGUCAAGAAAGCGCACACGGCGCAGCACGCUAAGCACAAGGGCUUCCUGCGGCAGCGGGACAAGGCGGAGGAGGACAAGCUCAAGAGGCAGAAGGAGGCAAAGAAGAAGCUUUACCGUAUGAUGGGCCAGAAGGAGAAGAAGAGUCAGAGGUCCAGUCUGAAAGGGGCGCCGCUUGAUGACUGAUUUGGAAAUCAAUAUGACUCUCUUAAAGACCAGUGUAAUAACUUUUUGGCCUACCAAUGGAAUGGAAUAAUCCUCUGUUUAAGCAUAAUCUGUUGGGCUGCAGUGGAGUAGAGUGAAAUUGCCCCUAGAUGCUGAUCUUGGGUCAGUUUAGCAUUUUCCCCGUUAAUGGUUAAAGGGAUACUUUGGGAUUUGGCAAUGAAGCCCUUUGUCUACUUCCCUAGAGUCAGAAACUCAUUGAUGGAUACGAUUUUUAUGUCUCUGCAUCCAGUAUGAAGGAAAGAUUGGGAGAGGGGAAGCUUAUCCUAGAUCUGUACCUAGGGGAAUCUUCACCCAGAGAGUCUGCAGUACUGGGGUAGGAGACAGUGUAAAUGCAAGGAAUGGAUGAACAUCCUUCAGCUUCUGUAGCCUGGUUGUGUAAUGUGGUUUUUCAACCCCAGUUAUUGACACCUCAUUUUGAGUGGUUCCAUAGAGGAACUAGGAAGAACUGUAUAUUAGUCAUAUCUUGACCACUUGUCUAGCUUCAAUCUUCCGUGGUGUUUUAAUAAAAAAUGAAUUGCAAAAAUA